AUGGACAAUGCUCGCAUUUUGCCGGAGAGCAGCAGCGAGUACCAACGUCUCAGGGCUCCUCAGCUGGAUUCCUAUAGGGAUGACGUGCUGGAUGGGUUGGAACAUGGCAUAGUUAUGGCCUAUGGCAUAGAUCACUUGGCCCGCAGCGGUGCAGUGCUGUCGCGCUAUCGGCUCAAUUCCAGCGAGCGCAGCGUACGGAAGGUCCUCGUGCUCCAGCGUGCCGCGCGCCUGCGUCUGCCCCGCUUGGAACGCGCUUUUUGGGCGACGGCGCGGUGCUGCGCGAUGCCGGAUCGCCUGGCGUUACCGGAGGGCGACGAGCCACUGGGAGCAAACCUGCUGCUGUACCACGGGUGUCGCUUCAGCCACAUCGAGGGCAUCUUGCAACGCGGCUUCGACCCAUGUUUUGCUGGCGAGAACGCCGGACGUUUCUUCGGCACAGGGAUCUACUUCACUGACGUAGCGGCCAAGGCCGAUACCUAUGUGGAUGCUGCUGUUGAUGGCACCCGCUGCCUGAUCCUGGCAGAGGUCUGCCUGGGGCGCCUGAAGACGGCCCUGCGGCCCAUGCCCCGCCUGGACGGAAGUGGCUAUGACGCGGUGCUGGGCGAAGACGUGCAGCAUGGGGGCGCCAUGGACCACAGGGAGUACGUUGUCUUUCGGGGAGAACAGGUGCUGCCAAGGUAUUUGUUGUGGUACCGCCACCACGAGACCUGUCCGUGUUUUCGCUGCAGCAAAGUUCUGCCGCCUUUGCCGCUGUCCCUUUGUCGACCGGCCGCGACCGAGCCGCCUCCGAGCUCCGAACCGCGGAAGGCGCGGAAAGAGGAAGAGCUGCUGCGCGAAGACCGUGCGGUGGCCACGGCUUUGAGCGCGCGGAAACCGGGGUGCAGUUGGGAAGACUUCGUGGCCAGAAGAGCUGCCAAACAAAGCCUGGUGAAAAAUCUUUGUGAGUUUUGGGAUGCCUUGAUUGUCUUUUCAUUAAUGGCCACUGUGAUUGGAACUACAGAUUGGCUGCUCAUUUAG